UCCACCUUUUUCCCCGGCCGCUGCGCCGAGAUCUUCGUCGGUGGGAAGAGCGUUGGACGUCUCGGAGUUCUUCACCCGGACGUCAUCACCCGCUUCGAGCUCACGAUGCCCUGCUCCGCCGUGGAGAUGGACAUCGAGCCCUUCCUUGGCCACCCUGCAGAAACCACGCUCACACACGACGUCCCGCUGCACGAAGUCAUCAAACACCACAUCCCGUCGCAAGUUCCCAACUCCCGUCCAACUUCUACCAAGACGGUGUUCGGCGACGUGAGUUCUGCUGCCGGUCUGAAGGCUCUCGAUGAUUUUCUGGCGGAUAAAAGCUACAUGGAGGGUUUUGAGCCGACUCAAGCCGACACGGCGAUGUUCGACGCCAUCCCAUCCGCCCCGUCUUCGACUUUUCCCCACCUUUUACGCUGGUACAACCACGUCAAGUCCUUCCUGAGGGAACGAGCCAACCUCCCGUCCGCUAAAAGUCAAUUCGUCCUCGAUGAUGAAGAAGACGAUGAUGAUGACAUUGAUCUUUUUGGCUCGGACGACGAAGAAGAUAGCGCCGAAGUGGAGAAACUUAAAGAGCAGCGUCUCGCCGAAUACGCCGCUAAGAAAUCCAAGAAACCAGCUCUCAUCGCCAAGUCGUCCAUCUUGUUGGACGUGAAGCCGUGGGACGACGAGACGGACAUGGCGAAGGUGGAGGAGUGUGUGCGCAGCGUCAAAAUGGAGGGGCUUCUGUGGGGGCAAUCCAAGAUGGUGCCCGUGGGAUACGGCAUCCAGAAGCUGCAGAUAGGGUGCGUGGUGGAGGACGAGAAAGUGGGCACGGAUCUGCUGGAGGAAGCCAUCACCGCCUUCGAGGAGUACGUUCAGAGUGUGGACGUGGCCGCCUUCAACAAGGUCUGACUCAUCGUGGAGACGCAGAAUCAUGAAGUGAAAAGAAACACAACGUUCAAGCAUCCCAUUUAAAUAAAGCUUUAACUCAGUGGUUCCAUCUGAUGUCUAGAUGUAGGUGAUAAUGAAACACAAUGCUCAAGUCCUUCUGAAAAGACUGUUGACCCUUUAAUACAAAGUACUAAGCAUGUUUUCCUUUUAACUUCCAAUAAAGCCAUUCUAACUUUUCACUUUC